AUGUACGUAGAUCACGCAUUCUCGAUCAGAGAUGAGGACAUCAUGGUGGAGUCAUCGUACACGGCGAGUGACAAUGCACCCAUCAAGGAGAUCGCUCUCGCUGUUGCUCUUCUCUUCUUCAGAAUCCUUGGCAUCAUUAUCGGUUCUCUCAUGGCCUACAACCACGUCGGCGACGACAAUGCUCACGGUCUGUUCUUUGCCAUACUGGGAAUGAUGUUGUUCAUACCGGGUUUCUAUUAUACACGGAUUGCAUAUUAUGCUUACAAAGGAUACCAAGGCUUCUCUUUCUCUAACAUACCUCCUGUAUAG